GUCCGCUUCAUGUUCUCAAUUCAAAUCACUGCUACAUUGUCCGGCUCGGUCCAUAUCUAUGGCCGGGUUAUUGUCCAAAAUUAUUUUAACCUAACCCAUCCCGAAUUCCCGAUCUGGUUCACUGCCGGGCAACCCAGCCCUGAUUUUUAGACCGCUUUUUUUUUUUUUUGAGUUUUCAUUUUUCCCGCACAAAAUACGUUUCCACUCCUGCACCGUCCCAAAUCUUCCCUGCCAGUGAACCACUGCUUUCUGCAAAUACUUCUCUGCAACAAAACGGACCGUCACUUUCUGCAAAUGCUCGACAAUUCGACCACGUUUAAAAGUCGAAGCACUCGUUAGCACUGUGAAACCGAUCGGUUCUUGGGAUCCAUGGACCCCAAGGACCGUGAAGAGCUCUGUAACAGUGGAGCGGACGAAGAAACGAUAGCACGUCAGAAAAAGCGCUCGAGGAGAGUGAGCUUCGCCGAAUUAACUUCAGUGCACGUUUUUGACAGAGAUGAGGACUACGGAACUCCCCCGGAUUUGAAUCCCAGCUCCGAAAAUCACGAAGAGGUUUUAGGGUUUCACAGGGAUUCCGGGGACAGCGAUGACUCGAAGGAGUUGGUGCAGAACGAAGAAGAUGAUGAUGAGAACGGAGAUGACGACGAAAGGGAGUUGUUUGUGAGGAGCAUGGAUUCGUCUUCCCCUGGAAGCGCUGUUGGUUCUGUCACCUCCAAUGAUGAAGAAAACUUCUUUGGCCCUGUAUCGUCGAGUUUUAUUAGACCUGGACAACUAUCUGAUGCAGACUCAGAUGAAAACCGUGAUGUAACUCUGGAUUCAACAACAUUUACCAUGCACUUUCGUAGUCUUUUGCGGUCGGAUUCAGUAGGGAGCCUAAAAACUCCAACAAGAGACCAUCUUUCCUUUGAAGUGAAGACACCUACUGAAAAUUCCAUGCCCACUAAAUCUGGCAGUUUCUCGUUGAUGACAGAAAUUAAAAAGCCAAUUCCUCUCUGUUCUGUUUCAGGUGGAGCAUAUAGUGGUGGUUCUGAUUCAAAUGAUAUGAGUCUGAUAGUAGAAAAUUCACAGAGGUAUGACUAUGGGAAACUAUCUCCAACAUUGAAUGCACUCCUUGCAGAAGGCAACAAGGAUUUCCAUGCUACCUCUGUUUCUGAUGGUAUCUGUGCUGCCAAGUCAUCUAGUUAUCUGGAUAGGGAUAGUAGGUCUUCUGUACUUGAUGAGCGUAAGAAUGAACUUGUGGACCUAAAAGAUUCUAGUAUAAAUGAAUUGAACAAUGUUGGUUCUCAGGAUACAUGUGUUGAGUUGAUUUCUGAUCGAAGGAUUAUAUUGUGCAAGGAAAAUGGUGAAUCAUCAACUCCUGUUCAACUAAUUAGUUGUUCUCCCUUGUCUACUACAAAGAACCUUCUGCCUGAUGAUGCUUCCAUUUGUCAGCAGAGUCAAAAUCCCCAUGAGCCAACUAAGGAGUCUGGAGAAGAUGCACCUGAAGCAAAUGGAGAUUUUGGUGCUGAUAACAGCGAUUCUUUUGUACCUAUGGAUAAAAAACAGGAAAUGGGUUUGUUCACAGAGCAUGAUUGUCAAGAUCUAGAGGAGUCUCCUAAAGGUGGAAAACAUUCUUCAAGUUCUCUUUAUAACUCUGGUCAAGACUGUGGAUCUCCGUUAGCAGGGUCAGAUUCCUCCUUAUGUGCUAAAGGAAGACAAAUAUUUAGUGGUUCUGCUGUUUCAUUCAUAGAUGAGAAGAUGGCUACACCUUCUGCCAGCAAAAAACUUUGCUCCUCUUUAAACAAGGAAAGUAUAUCUUCUACUGUGAGAAGUAUUUCAAAAUUCAAGAUUUAUCAGAUGUCUCCAAUUACUUCUACCCUGGAAAUUGAAGCAGAUAAUUCUUCUAAGUCUUUUUCUUGUUCUGCUGCUUUGGAUGGGAAUAGUAAAAAGCCUGAAUUGAAGCCUAUGAAUGCUUCUUUUUCUGUUUUGGAUGAACAAUUUUUAAGUGUUGGUUGGAAGAAGGAAAAACAGGGCAGUUCAAUUGAAAUGGAUAGUUGUGGGUUUGAGACACCAAAGCACAUAAAUAAUUUGAAGCAAGCUGAAGGCAGUGAGACCAUUCUGCCAGAUGGAGAAUAUGGGAAUCCAAUAUCCGUAGGUUUGGGCUGCAAUGGUCAACCUAACAAGUUAAUGGCAGUAGCACUUUCACCCUCCCAGUCAUCUGGGUCUGCAAAAAAAAUGGAGCGGCGUCCCUUGGCUAAUUGCAGUCCCACUGGAGGAGGUUUUGUCACUUCUGGACCUGAUUCAUUGUUGAUGAAGACCACACUUGACAGCAAUGCAAAUGAGCAAGUAAACCCGACAGCUGACAAGUUGGUCUAUUCUCCACUUAAAAGGGUGGAAAAAACUUUGUUUGUUUCUCUGGAACAUAAAGGCAUACUGUCAAGUGCAUUGAAGCAGCAGGAAACUAAGUUUGUCAGCUUGGAUGUCAGGCAAGAUGCCGAAGGUUCAAGGGAAAAUGUCUCUAAAGUGAGUCACUUAACCCCUAUAGCUGGCAAGUUAGGUACCUUGUGUGAGGAGAAAAUAUCACAUUCUAGAUCACCACUCAUCAAUAUUAAUUCUGAAGAUUCCAGAAACUUUAUUAAAUGGAAGGGGAUGGAUAACAAGGAACUUUAUCAUGUUUUGCAAAAGGGGUCUGGAAAUAUGAUGGGUUAUGGAACCCCCAUGCAGCAUAGAGCCACCCCUAAUAUCCAGUCUGAAAGCUUACAAAGAAGCUCCCAAACAGGCACAUACCUGGCAAAGUUUAAAGAGAAACUUUUUGAUGGAGAUCCAAGAGCUUCUCUUUAUGAGUCUACUUCGCGACAUGUGCAUGAUAGGGGCACAAAUGUCCCACAACAUGGAAAGGGUCUACAUGUUUCACAGAAAGUAUUAUCUUUCGAAGGUGCUGACAAUUCUACAAGGAAAAGAAGAAGUGAAGAAACUAUUCUCACAGAUAAAGGCCAUCUAAGUGAAACUGAAAGGCUCCAGAAGAGUCCGAAAAUUCUUGAAAUGCAGGGUAGCAUGCCAAAACUUAUUUCUGAAAUUCAUACCAUAAGAAAUAUUGAAGUGGAUAAGAUUGAAGGCAGCACAAAGCAAAAGCAUUGGUCUGAUGUUUUUUCAAGGUUUUCUGAUGCAGUGGAACAACUGUUUUCUCCAUUAACUGCUAAACUUAACACAAGGAAGCUUGAGAUUCUGGAAGAUACUUUGGGUCAGUUGCAGAAGGUUAAAAAGUAUGAGAAGCUUUGUACAGAGAUCUGGUCACAGGAAAUGCCAGAUGGUUUGGAUGAUUUUCAAAAGAAAAGGGUAGCCGAAGCUACGUCAUUGCAACAUAUUUUUGCCUUUGAACAAGCAAAGUUGCUAUUAGUGCGCAUGAAGAGAGAGAGACUAUUUAAAAGCAUACAGAGGUUGCAGUCAGGAAUUUGGGAAUCUCAAAUCUUGAAUAAUUCUAUGAAACAUCUCUGUGUGCCUGGUGCUAGAGAUGUUCAAAAUAAGGAGAGUCAUCUUCAAUCCCUUUUAGUUAAUUCCAACAAAAAAAUUGAGGAUACAAGUAGCAGAUUAUCUGGAUUGAGGCAAGAGCUUGGUGCUCUGAAUCAACAAAUAAGGAGCCUAACAAAAUCGUUCCAUGCUUUUUGUAAGAUGAAAGGAGAACCAAGCUGUGAUGAAAUGAUUAUGUUAGUUAAUGAACAACUACAGAAGAGAAAAAGUUGCAGGUCUAUCCGUAAGGACUCACAGCUCUGGGAUUUGGAAGAUCUGGACAGUAAGAGAGGAUAUCACAACUUUGUUCUCAACUAUCACAGCUUCCUCAUCCAGAGGUUUACCAUCAACUGUAGUCCGAUUUCAAGUAUAUCCAUUUCCAAUGAAUUGAAUGAAGCAAACAUCUCAAAUAGCUUCCCAAAUAUAAGUGCGUUCACAGCCUUUGCAUUUGUUUUCAAUGCUGAGGCUAUUCGAAAGCAUAUCAGUCUGAAAUGUUUGGCACAAGAAAUACAAACAACCAAUUCUCUUCUGGGUAAUCUGCUAGAUGUGAUUGAGGAAGUACUGGUAGCACGGCUAGAGAUUCCAAAUCUAAUUCAGACAAGAUUUCAUUCUCCUUGUGCUGAAAGGCUAGAUCUGGAGCUCUGCUUCAUUGAUUUGAAAACAGGGAAGAAGGUUACUUCAACACUUGACAUGACUUAUUUGAAUCACGGGAUAUAUCCUUCAGAUCUACUCCCAUCACAGCUGAAGACUCAGGGCUCUGGAAAACAAAGAGUCCAACAACCACCACCACCUCUCUCAGGUGAAAUUACUACUGCACUUGGGAAUCUUAAAGUUGGCAGCUCAAGGAUAAUAAGGCUUUGUAGGUGUAUCUCGCAGAUGGUUCAACGUCAACCAUAAACAGGUAGUAACAUUUGGAGCUCAACCUUCCAUUGAGCCCAGCCACCAUCAGCAUAACCGUGCCAUAGUUCAUUCCGAAUGUAAAUUGCAUUUAUUUUGUAGAAUUAUCACCCAAACGUUUCUCUGUUUGGUCUUGUUCACGCUUGUUUUUGUGAAAGGCUAUGUGCUCAAGAACUCGAGAAUCUCGAGAUCAAAUACGUUCUUGGGCAGCUGAAUUCCGUUAGCCAAUCGAUCAAAGCUUGAGAUAUUACCAAGAAAAACGUAUACAUUGAAGAAAUGACUUAAAACAGGUCUUCGCAAAA